GGGUUCAAUUACCCGGAUGCGGAAGUGCUUGCUCUUUCUCUCUCGGGUGCUGCAGCCGAGAAGUUCAGCAUCUCGGUAAGAGGCGUUUGAGAUCCGGCGCCAUCCGCGGUAAAGCUAGAUUUGGGGAGCCGGUAAGAGGGUGAUGAUGGGGCACGGGGGUCUUGAGGGCCUGGCGGCGGGGGAAUUGGGGGAGGGCUUAGCAGAGAUCCGGCGGCCAAGACUGUUUAGCGCGCAGCGUCCGAGUAGCCGCUUCUGCCAUUUUGAUUUCUCUCUUGCAGGUAACUGUCGCCAGAAGCCGUCGCCAUGGUGAGUGAAGCGGGAGAAGCGUCCCCCGCACCCCCGGAUCUAUUUCCGUCACGAUUAGGGCGGAGGUCCUGGAGGUAUCGCGAGUUAAGGGGAAGGCAGCCGGUUGGAGAGAGACGUCUCUGUUUAAUAGGGUUGGGGGGACACGUGUGUUUUGCAGCAAGCAUGACUAUCAUUAAUACGGAAGAGGGGACACAGUGUGCGUGUCAUGGUACCUGGACAGGUUUGCUGUUGCCCUUUUUGAAUAAUAAUAAUUAAUACAGUAAUUUGUUAUUUAUACCCAGCCCAUCUGGCUGCUCCGGGCAGCUUCCAACAAAAUAUUAAAAAUACAUUAAAACAUCAGUCAUUAAAAACUUCCCUAAACAUUGUUGUUGUUUAGUCGUGUCCGACUCUUUGUGACCCCAUGGACCAGAGCACGCCAGGCACUCCUGUCUUCCACUGCCUCCCGCAGUUUGGUCAAACUCAGGCUGGUAGCUUCAAGAACACUGUCCAACCAUCUCAUCCUCUGUCGUCCCCUUCUCCUUGUGCCCUCAAUCUUUCCCAGCAUCAGGGUCUUUUCUUCUCAUUAGGUGGCCAAAGUAUUGGCGCCUCAGCUUCAGGAUCUGUCCUUCCAGUGAGCACUCAGGGCUGAUUUCCCUAAGAAUGGAUACGUUUGAUCUUCUUGCAGUCCAUGGGACUCUCAAGAGUCUCCCCCAGCAUCAUAAAUCAAAAGCAUCGAUUCUUUGGCGAUCAGCCUUCUUUAUGGUCCAGCUCUCACUUCCAUUCCCUAAACAUAGAGCCUGGCUUUUAGAUAGUGCCCUUUUCAAAGGGCUUUGGAGCCCUUUUGAAUGAAACCAAGAGUGCCUCUAGCACAGCAUCUUAUUCCUAGCAGUGGCUAGCCGGGUGCCCACCAGCAGGUCUCUGAAGAUGUCUUUUUAGGGAGCCUUACUCCUCCCCAGUUCUUCUGCAGGCUUGAAAUCGGGAAGGCUCUUGAAAAGAAAACAAUUGGUGUUUGCAGUUCCUCAAAUUCUGCACGCUUACAAGCUAUCUAUUGUGGGUAUUUGUUUGAGAUGGGUUUAAGUGCCAAAGGAAAAGAGUCUAGGCUGCAGAACUAAGAGUUGAAGAUACCAUAUAUUUGUGCAAGCCAUCAAGCUCAUAUUUAAGGUUGUAUUUACUUAAUUACAGCCUCGCAAAAUCGAAGAGAUCAAAGAUUUUCUAUUGACAGCCAGAAGGAAGGAUGCAAAAUGUAAGUAGCUGUUUAUGGCUUAACUGUUUUGUCCCUGUUUCUUGAUCUUUUCCUGGAGCGUAUUUCUGUCUUGGAUACCUUCUUUAUUUUGGCUGGUGCUAAAAAUGUAGCACAAAUUACUUGGAGUUGCAUUAUUUAUUAUGAAGUGGCAGCACUGCACAUUCUGCCCUUUGCUUCCUACCAUUCCCAAGUCUUGGGCAAAGGUACUGUUCUUGCCCAAGACUUGGAAAUGGUACACAGGAUUAAAGAUUAAAGUUACUAGCCUGCAAGAAAUAGUACUAUCUUGUUGGACUAGUAGAAAAGGGAGUCUCCCACCCCUUUCUGUGUUGGGCAUGGAGAAGGAAGGUUCUCUCCACUGGCAGCUGUUUGGUUUUUAUGCCAAGUAUAGUGGAGGGUUGCAAUACUUAAUAAUAAUAAUAGUAAUAAUAAUAAUAAUAGCAUACUGACCUAUAUCCAUAGGUCUCAGGGUGCUUCACAGGAUGAAAUUACAACAUAAAAACAAAAUACAUAAACAAAAGCGAAACACAAACAGCCCAAUAACCCCCCCAACACAUUUUAAAGGGGCAUUGGAUGACAAUCAACCAAAGGCCUGGUUAAAGAGGAGUAUUUUUGCCUGGUGCCUAAAGGUGUAUAAUGAAGGCACCAGGCGAACUUCCCUGGGGAAAGCAUUCCACAAGACUGCUCCAAGUCCACCAUCCUGCUCACUCAUAUCCAUUACUAGAUAAGGACUUUAAAAUGCAAGGGUCAUCUAAACCCUGCAGCUAAUAUACCUAGAAUUUCCCAGUAUGGGUGUUCCACAUAUACAAAGGGAGAAGAACAUGGGGAGCUUCCCAGUAGCAGGCUGGCUUACUAGCUGUGCUGCAGCUUGCCAAAAGAGGUGAUGGUACAAACACCGGUGGAUCAAGUGUGGUGCUUUGCAACUUGCCCUCUUCCAGUAAGCUGCCCUGCAAACCAAAAUACAGUGGUACCUCGGGUUAAGAACUUUAUUCGUUCUGGAGUUCUGUUCUUAACCUGAAACAGUUUUUAACCUGAGGUACCACUUUAGCUAAUGGGGCCUCCCGCACCACCACCACCGCGCAAUUUCUGUUCCCAUCCUGAUGCAAAGUUCUUAACCCGAGGUACUACUUCCGGGUUAGUGGAGUAUGUAACCUGAAGCGUCUGUAACCCAAGGUACCACUGUACCAGACAGACUCGUAAGAUUACAAUGUGUAAUAAUGAGGGCGGGGGAAAAGUUAACAUAAAUCUGCACCAAGUCAGACAUUUUAAUCUAUUGUCAUGUCAUGUCAUAUCGUGAAUCAUUCAAUUCAAUGUGCUUUCUGGAUAGAGUAAUUCAAGUUCUAAAUCAGUACCUAAAAUAGAGCAUAACUUUGAACUUUUUAAAAUGUAAAAUGAUUGGUAAUAUAAAUGAGGGUGUAUCUGUUCCAUAAAUUGUUUUGACAUGGCUCCCCUAACCCCCCAGAUAUGGAGGUGUUAGGAGGAUUGGGGUAUGGUGGAUUCGAGGUGCGCAGUUCUUUUGAAGCAGAAAAACCAAGGUGUUUUUAAACACCAACCUUUUCUAUAACAUCAUAAUUAAUAACAUUUUUGCAUUUUAAAAAACCCCAGUGAUAUUUGUGGUGAAGCCAAUGGUAGUUGAAGUGUCUUUAUACUAGCAAUAUUUUGAGUUUCGUAAAACAAACUCUUACAAACAGCUUACAAUAUAAAUUGAUUUUAUUUUACCCAUUCAUACCCAUGAAUGAUUACAGUCUGGAUUAACUACUACAUGACUAACUGAAGCAAGGGAAGUUAAAUUCCAAGUUGUUAAUGUACAUAGAGAAAAAGUUUUUCUCCUUCUCUAAUAAUACCAGAACAUCCAACGAGGCUGAACAUUUGAAGAUUCAGGACAGGCAAACAAAAAUACUUCUUCACACAGAGCAUAGUUAGACUAUGGAAUUUGAUAGUGGUGGCCACCAACUUUGAUGGCCUCAAAAGAAAUUGGACAAAUUUGUGGAGGCUUAUCAGUAGCGACUAGCCAUGAUUGCUGUAGUCUUUCUCCCCUGUUGGAGGCAGUAUGCCUCUGAAUACCAGUUGCUCAAAAUCACAAGUAGGGAAAUGCUAUUGUGCCCAGGUUCUUCUUGAGGGCCUCCCAUAGGCAUCUGGUUGGCAUUGUAAGAACAGGAUGCUGGAGUAGAUGGGCUAUUCGCCUGAUUCAGCAGACACUUCUAUUGUUAUGCUAGCUAGUUUAUCCAAACUAGAGCCUUUAACCUGUGAAGUUUUCCCCAGUAGUAGAUAAUUGAAGUUCUAAAUUAUUGUAGCUAUUAUGGAUUCUCUGUAUUUCUCCUAAUGCUGGCUCUGAAAUCAUGUGGCCUGAUAAUAUAUAUAGUUUGCACAGAAUUGAGUUUUUAACUGUUCAUCUUGCGUAAAAAAACCCAGGAGUAAUGUAUGCAAAAUGUUCCAUUUUGAUGGCAUAGCACAUUGCUUUGUAUUCUGUUAAGCUAAUGCUUAGUAGUUCUUUGCUAAAUAGCAUCAAAAAGACUUUCAUAUCGAGCUUAAAGAACAGCAUAAUUUUCUAAAGUGUGUGUAACCUCUGGUUUUAAAAGCAGCACUUACAAUUACUUGAAUUGCGAGCAAAGCAAGAAGGUUGUACAAGUGUCUAAUUAACUAUGAAUGUGCUUCAGUUUUCACACUUCUGAAAUUAAUGUAAAUUGGGUUUUUCACUGUUCCGGUGCGCUUUAUAUACGGCAUGGAAUUGAAAAUAACCCCUCUGGUGUCAGAGUGCAUAAGAGUCAGGUAAAAAGAUAUCAUUGCUUGUGAAAGAUAUGUGAAAAUUAUAAGCAGUUUGUGCUUUUGGAAGUUUAAUGAAACUUGACACCCUAGCCAAUUUGCAAGAUAGUUUUGGUUAGUAUCUUUUGAAGUGAUGCAUUCAAACACAUACAACUUUAUGUACCCAAAGAGCCGCUCAGGACACCAAAAUCUGAUUAUAAAUGUUCCAUGAAGAUCAUUUCUAGAAAGAAACUUAAAUUCACAUUAUGUCCAACUCGCCAGAAUCCAAGCACCUUUAUACAAUUACUCACACUGAUCUUGCUACCUAUUUCUUUGUAAUAGAUUUGGAGAACAGAAAUAACAAAGCAAAGCUGCAUAAGUCUGUAAACAUUAAUAAUUAUUGUCAUUAAGUCAAACGUAAUGGAUCAAAUAAUAGCACCAGUCUGGAAUUUGGUUAGCUUUUGUGUAUUUUUUUUAAUGUACGUGUCUUUUUAGAAAAGCUUUUCCCUGAUACAAGUUUGUUUCAAUAUUAAUAUAGUGAGGGGCAUUGUCGUGGCAGGAGACUACAUGCAUAGGAACAAAAUAAAUGGCAAAACGGCACUGAAGUACAGGUGUCAUUUGCUUGUACUCAUUAUGGGAUAAAGCAGGAUUUAAUCAAAUUGUUUGUCUUUAAAGGAGAGUGUAUCGUACUAGGCUCUGAUUCUGGCUAACCUAUUGCUUAAUAUAUUAAGGGUAUGUUGCUAACUUCAGUGAUAUUACAUUGUAGCCGUCAAGAUCAAGAAGAACAAAGAUAACGUGAAGUUCAAGGUCCGUUGCAGCCGGUAUCUGUAUACGCUGGUCAUCACAGACAAGGAAAAGGCUGAAAAACUGAAGCAGUCUCUUCCACCAGGUAAUUGAACGAUGCAGGAGAUUGUUAGUCAUGGGAGAAGACUUGGGUGGUGGCAGAGUAGAAUCUGGUGCUUCUUGAUAGUAACAGAAGGUGGUGGGUAUGCUCAUGUGUAUUAUAUAAGAAGAUCCCCCUUUGAAAACAACCAUGUAUGUUACGGCAUCCUGUAAAGCAGGGGUCAGGAACCUUUUCUGACCAGCAAGAUAUAGAUCUCCAACCCUGAUGGGGCAAAUCUAACAGAGUAGGGCUGCCCACCUGUUAGUCACUAUGAUGUCAGGUGAUUCUGUGCUUUGAAGUCCCAAUUGUCAGAACUUCAAAGCGCAGCAUGGGGCCUGGUCCAGCUCAGCCCCUCCCUGUCUCAAGAACCCUGUUUUGGAGCGUUACGGGUACCGCCAAUGUGGAACCCAGUAGUGGCACUUGCACCCAUUUGGAAAAUUCUGGUACAGCUAGGUAAAGUAACACAUUCAAACCCCUUUCCCCCUAGCCUGGUGUGAGAGGAGGGUUGAAUCAUUACUAACUCUGUUUCAGUUGUUCCCUGAAUAGCUACGCUUUUUGGUUAACAAAUCCACAUUUUUCUUUGUGCCGCAUUCUUGUACAUGUAAAAACAAGCUGUAGUUUGAAGUGUUUGAUAGACACGGAUUCAAGAGUUGCAUCAAUUGGGGGCAGGAAUUCAAAGUACGGAAAAGGGAACACCAUUCCCUCAGUCGUGCAUUUAGCAGGAAGUGUUGGCCUAAUAAGGUUGGCUUUUAAAGACUUGUCUAAAUGUCACUGGCUUACAAGGAAAACUACUGGACAGAGUAAAGACACUUUGGAUAUUCAGUGACAUUUCAUACUAAGCCACAGUAGCAGUUCACGUAUGAAAAGCCCUGUGAGUGUUCAGGUCACCUGGUUCACAAGCCUGAAAGUCAUGCUUCUUUGCAUGCUCAGACCUGCUAAUAAGCUUCGGCAGCUUGUAUCUGGGAUAUAGAUGAAAACCUCUGAGGGUUUGCCAGCCUGAUGAGCAGAAGUAAUGAGAUCAGAAUCUGUCUCUUCAGUUUCUCAGCCUCUUUUUCUCCCUUCUCUUUAGGUUUGGCUGUGAAAGAGCUGAAAUGAACCAUUCAUGCUUGAAAUCUUGGCCGUGGAUUGUAAUAAAGGACUGAACUGUUCUUUCUUC